AGAAUGGAGUUAGCAACAUGAUUUUGUGAGACAUGUUAGAAGCUAUAGUAUACAUCUGAACAUGCAUGCCAGGCCCUGAACCUCAUGACAAGAUGUGUGACGAUGACAAACCUCCAGCCCCUCCUGUUCGGCUCACCUCCGCCAGAGGUGAGCCUGUUGUAUCGGUGGACAUGCGGCCACUCCCUAAAGAACCAGAGUCUGAGAAAAAGAAAUCAAAAGGCAAGCCUCCAAAGCACCGGCAGCAUCACAAAGAACAUGUUGCUGAGAAGCCCAAUAUAUCCUACCCAACCAACUUUGAACACACCAUCCAUGUUGGUUUUGAUGCCAUCACUGGAGAGUUCACGGGCAUGCCGGACUCGUGGAACAAGUUGCUGGUCAUGUCGAACAUCACAAAGCAGGAACAGAAGAACAACCCGCAAGCGGUGCUUGAUGUCCUCAACUACUACGACGCCUCUACCAAGCACAACCAGCCUGCCAAGUUCAUGAGGGUUGCCACCAAACCUGUCUCAGAUCCUUCACCGCGGCCCAGCUACCAGGGGGGCGUGAGUUUAAGUAACUAUCCUGCCACGCCUUCCCCUCACAAAAUCUCUGAUGCGUCGUCAGGCUCUCCUUCCACGCCAGAGACAUGCUCAGAGCUAAGCGUGCCUGACGACGAAGAAGAUGAAGAACCACCCCCUCCCCCCACCCGCCCUGAACGCACUAAGAGCAUCUACACUCGCCCUCUAGAGGAGGUAGUCGAAGUGACCCCACCCCUACCCUCUCCUGUACACCAUCACAUCACAGCACAACCCACUCUGCACCACCAUCACCACCACCAAAUAACCCCCCAGCCCACCACCAUAGAGGCUAACGCCAACGGCACCCAGCUGGACAGGAAUAGAAACCCGCAGCCCAGCAGCCCGCCGGCGGCCGCCCCGCCUGUCCUUGCGGCCGCUGCUGCCGCCGCUGUGCCUUCCACGCCUUCGUCUCAGCAGCCAACCUCCGCAGAGCGCACCGCUGAGAAGCAGAAGAAGAAGAAGCUCAGCGAUGAGGAGAUCUUAGAGCGCCUGCGCAGUAUAGUCUCAGUUGGCGACCCUAACAGAAAGUACACAAAAAUGGAGAAAAUAGGACAAGGAGCAUCUGGCACAGUGCACACUGCAAUAGAGACGGCCACUGGUAUGGAGGUGGCCAUCAAACAGAUGAAUCUCUCACAACAGCCGAAGAAAGAACUCAUAAUUAAUGAAAUUCUCGUAAUGAAAGAAAACAGACAUCCUAACGUUGUGAACUACCUGGACUCGUUCCUGGUGGGGGAGGAGCUAUGGGUCGUCAUGGAAUAUUUACCUGGAGGCUCGCUAACUGAUGUCGUUACCGAGACUUGUAUGGACGAGGGGCAAAUUGCUGCAGUGUGCAGGGAGGUGCUGCAGGCUCUGGAGUUCCUGCACUAUAAUCACGUCAUCCACAGAGACAUCAAGAGCGACAAUAUCCUGCUGGGCAUGGACGGCAGCGUCAAACUCACGGACUUUGGCUUCUGUGCCCAAAUCAGCGCGGAGCAAAACAAACGAACAACGAUGGUAGGCACGCCGUACUGGAUGGCGCCGGAGGUGGUGACCCGCAAGCAAUACGGCCCCACCGUGGACGUCUGGUCCCUGGGUAUCAUGGCUAUAGAAAUGAUAGAAGGGGAGCCUCCGUACCUUAACGAAAAUCCCUUACGAGCGCUGUACCUGAUCGCGACCAACGGCAAGCCUGAGAUCAAAGAGCGCGAGAAACUCUCGCACGUUUUCCAGGACUUCCUGGACCAGUGCCUCGAAGUCAAGGUCGAAGCCCGGGCUUCUGCUUCACAGCUGCUGAAGCACCCCUUUCUAAAGCUGGCGCGUCCUCUCUCCAGCCUCCACCCCCUCAUUGUCGCUGCCAAGGAAGCUGCCAAGAGUCAUUAAAACGCUGCCCAGCAACAUUAGGUCUGCCAAGAACCAUUAAAACGCUACCCAGUAACACUAGAUCUGCCAAGAGCCAUUAAAACGCUCCCUGAUAACUCUAGCUCUACCGCCUACAUUUAUUGAUGCCUGAAUCACUGACUUGUUCACGUCUCAAACAUCCAGAUGGAUGCAGCUUUUAUCAUAACACUUUUUCUGUUAAAUUAAUUGUCUAAAUUAAAAAAAGGAUUCUCACGAAAUUAUUAUGAAUGGAUUAUGAACAUCGCAGUGGAGGGCACGGGUCGUUAACGGCUAACCAACUUUGCAGUUUUUUCUGAUCAAUUCGCCCUAUGUUAACGACGUUGUACUGGUCGGUGUAAAAUUGUUAAAUCUAGAAAUUAUUAUUCAACUUUUUCUUCUAUUUCUAUGAUUUAUUUACAAAGUACGUUAUAAGCUGGAAUAUCAAUUAAACAUUCUUAAUUAGAUUUGAACAUCGACAUAAUUUUACGUUCAGCUCAACAAACUUAUUCAUUGUGAAACUUAAAUCCCAGGACAUGAAAUGCUGUAUGAAUGUUUUUUAAUGUUAUGAAAGAAACCAAUGCGGUGUAAUUUCAGCCAAAAAUGGUACCCAUAUAAACGAAGUCGUUUAUUGAUUUAUGAGUUGCAGCACAUUUUCACGACGUCAAGUAACUGGCGCUUACACAAUCCAUACAUGAAUAACGUUGGUGCCGUGUGUGAAUAGUGACUGCUGAGCGUAUGUGUGAAUAAUGACUAUGCAAACAACUUAUUCACUAAAAUAAACUGAACGACCAAGCAUUGAGACAAAUGUCGUUGAAACAACCUCUAAUCAAAGUUAUUUCAACGUCAGUUGGCUGGUGAGAAUUCGAGUCUCUUCGCAUGACGUGCUGCAUUGGAACUUCUGCAUUAGCUUCUAUAAUAAUCGCUUACUAGAUUACCAUAAAACAAAUAUGUCAAACUAUUUAUGGAAUCGCAUGGUGUUAUCCUCUUGUACUGUUGCAAGUGUAUAGGCAUGCCAUCGUUAUUUCAUCUUAAAAUUUCGCCAUUAAAGUCUGUACAAUUCCUUGAACUUUGGCGGAGCUUUUGCCCUAAAAUUAAAUCUCCAAGCGCUCAGAAGAAUGAGUGGGUUAUGUUGUCCACCAAAGUAUCACUGUUACAGCAUUUUGCCGACCUGAACUGGGUCAGGAUGACCCAAACAACAGCAAAAGUUGGUUGCUAUUUGGACCAUAUCACGCUCAUUUAUCUGAGUUUGUUGUCUCUUUCAUGCUCUUCUCUAUAGAAAAUGAGUUUUACGUCUGUGAUGAUACCUUUAAUCUCAAGACUUAAUCAAUUCUGAAACUUUCUCGAAAUUGCAUGAACUUGAAUAGGAGAUGAAUAUCUUUAGACAUUAACCUUCUUAAAUUACAUGAAUAUUCUAGCUUGAGAAGUAACGACUGGUAUAAUUAACUUAUCGCUACUGUAUCAGAGCCCAGUAUCUGAACUGUUUCUUUUAUUUUUAUUAUUAUCCACUAAUGCAGAAGGCGUAAAUAAUUUGAGAUUGCAUUUAAAAAGUAUCAUCGUUCAUCCGCGGAGACUUGAGCUUCUUUGAGAUUUCUUUGCCAAGUUCUUGUAUUUUUGUGUAGAAUUUUUCAAACUUUAACUCUUAUCGUACGUGUUCAUCGGCAGUCGGGCUUCCGUGAAAACCUACAUCAAAUAUUGAGCUCUGUGGGCUCGUUUGUCAAUCUCUAAAAUCUACUAAUCACAAUGAAGAUUUUUUCGCCGUUCUGAACCCGAGGUUUCUAUUAUGCUUAACAUUCUAUUAUUCGCUCGGAAUCUGUAUGAACACAAGAGGCUAGCGAGAUAACAUAGUGUCACUGAAUGGGUAAUAUAGAUCGUCUGAUGUAGCUGAACAUUUUGGCCAGUUCUCGUGCUAUCUCGUCGAGGUUCUGUAUGGAAGAUAAAAAAUACUGAGCCAUGCUUCAUUAUUUCUUAAUAAUCUUCUGUACGAUCUAUUGCUUCACGUUUCUUCGUGUUUCUUCAUUUUAUGUCAUUAUUACAUUAUAUUCGAUGCCAUUUUCAAGUUUAUUUCAAUCUUCACCAGGAGACUUAUUCGUGUUUCUUUCAUCGCAUGCAUCGUUAAUGAUAUCGAAUAUGGCGAUAACCCAAGCAGCUUUAAUUCUUGUUUAGUCUUAAUUAUUUCGUGGCAGCUCUGUUUGACUAGUUAUCCCUAACCGGCGUUGUAGUUUUAUCCAAUCAACUUCAUCCUCUCAUCAUUAUGUUAUAUCAUCCAACACGAUCCUCUCUAAACUGAGCCCGAAGCUUUACGGAAAACGGAGGGACUCUUGGGUUUUAGUUUGGAGAAGAGGGAAAGACCAAAUGGAGGGAAAACGGAGGCAGAAAACUAUCCCAUAAGUUUGCUGUUCCUAAGUUCUAAUUUUUCUCUAAAUAUUAUAUAGGUUGAAACAUUUCACUUCCCCACCAGCAGCAUAACUCAUCUCGUUCUCUGUGUCCAGACUUCAUAUUUCCUUCACUGCAUUUCUUAACUAUAACGACACGCUAUGUAACUGAAUUAAUUGACUGGUCUGAAUUUAAGCUCGUGUAAUGAUCACGUAUCAUUUGUGCAUAAGUGUAAUGCUUAGGAAUCCCUUCGCGGUGUACAGUGUACUAUGUAGCGUAAUACUCGCCUUGUUGCUGGCUCGGUGCUGGCGCUGUUUCGAGCCCUUGUGGUGUCAGGCUGUUAGGUAGCUAGCUAAUUAAUACUAAAUACUAGAUAUUAUUCUUCACUAAUGCCGUGUGAUGAGUGAGUCGACUAACGUUUAGUGCAUUUCAGGACUCAGGCGCAAUAUUUUUUCUUUAUUAGAGUCAGUCUUCUAAGUGCCACUCCUUCUUUUACUGGACUUUGGUUGAUAUGAAGCGACAAGUUUGAGAAGGUUGCACCAAAAAAUCCCCCUUUGCUUAGAUUCUCUUGUUAAUAUAACUCUUCUAAGCUGUGGAAAAUCUGCACUAAUAUUUAGGAAAUUUAAUUCUGACUGCUACGCUCAUUUUUUCAUAAAUUUGAAAGUUAUAUUCAUAUGUUCAUUGCUUCAGUGAUGAUAACUAUGCAUAGAAGAUGAAUUAUGUU